AUGGCGGAAGAGGAAAGAAGGGAGAUCCUUGAAAAAAACAAGAGGGGUGACUUAGAGGAGGAGGAGGAAAAGGAAGAAGACAAGGAGAACAUUCUCCCACCUGAUAAAAGUAUCCGAAGGAGAGCUGUGGGCUGGCUAAAUAAGAAGUGGGAGAAGAGGAACAUCAAAAAGAUCGAGAGAACGUAUCAGAGAGAAGCUGAGGAGGGCUAUAAGAUCGUCCACAAAGCCAUCCCUGGACACACAAGGCUAACAGCCACCAUGACACGGGCAGAGAGAGAGAGGGAGAAGAGGAAGGAGCUGCUGAAGGCUGAGAAGAGAAGGAAGAAGAUGGAGGAUUUUAAUAAGCAGUGGAGAGAGCAGUCCCUGCUUAAAAAACAAACUCAUCAGAAACUGAAGGAGGAGAGGGGGAAGAUGAAGGGACAUUACCUGGAGCAGAUGAAUCUGGAGGCUGAUGCUCAAAUCAACACCCGGUGUCUAACCACCCAACACAGCCACGAUUAUCUGGAGACAACACAGCCCACUGGAUCUGGAGAUGACCACCAGGAAAGGCCAAGGAGGCAACAGGCAUGGGCAGAGAACCAGGAGGGGAGUUCAGAGAACCAGCAGGAGUGGCCAGAGAACCAACAGGGGGGGCCAGACAGCCAGCAGCUAGAAGCUCCAGAAGAGGUUGAAACAUCAGAGCUAACCUCAAAGAAAAAGAAAAGGCCAGGCAUCUGGAAGAGAAUUAAGAUGGGGUAAAGAAUGUUUAAACAUCUAUUCAUGUUUUACACUGUUAAUAUAUAUGUUGUCACUUCUAUUAUCCAAAUGUGAGGGUUUAGUGUACAUGCAACACACAUGUAAAUAUAUAGAUACUUACCURUCUCUGAUGUCUUACAGCAUUCCUGACGUGCUGUCUGCCUAGAGCUGGAACUCGAWGAAGCCACAGUUCCACUGAGKUUACGUUGGUCAUUAAAAGUGUCGCCCAAUAAUUCCUCCUCCUCUUUAAGUCAUCAAGCCACAUUUCCUCCACAAAACAUUAUCGUCUCCUCAAGCCAGCAAGUAUCCUCUUUAUCAGGCAACAAACCAUCGAAGGUCAGUGACCCUCCUCCCCAGARCAGAGRUUCUCAUCUUUAUCCUARUUAAAUUCAUCUCUGCUCACCACCUCUACWGUCCUA